GUAAAGGAAAUAAAACAAGGAAGAAAAACAAUGGGUUGCAUCUUUAGCUCUCUGAAAGUCUCUGCCCACCUGGAGGUGGUGGGAGAGUGUGGCGGCGCCGACCGCCUCACCCUCUGUCUGCCCCGCAGCAAGGGGAAGGGAGGCCGGCGCCUGCUGGGGGCCUUCAGCUUCCCCAGCGUUGGGGACGGGACAGGCCAGCACCGAUCUGACCGCAUCUUGGUGCCCGUUGGCCGGGUCGCCAAGAAGGAUGGAGCCACUCCUGUCAGGGUGGACUUCCUGGCGGGAGAGACUCUCGUGGCCCGCCGUGAGAUCCCGCUGGCUGACCUGCUGGUGGGUCUCAAAGCAAACAGGAUUGGCCGCCACUCUUCACUCUUCUUCAGCCUGAAGGAAGGCCAGGCUGAUGAUGCAGCAGUCGCCGUGUAUUACAGCAGAGGCUCCUGCACGAGCCAAAACCACCACAGGAGGACCAACAAGAACCAGGGAAAGCCGAGCACCACGCCAGCCUGCCCCCCCAGGUUGGUGAAACCAAGCUCAUCCUGCCUCCUUAUGCUGUUCAUACAAACUCCAGCGACACCGUGGCCACUUUGAUUCCCGAGGUCAGCUACCGUGAUCUCACCCCCAAGGUCACGGUGAUUGACCUUGUGGAUGGCCAGAGGUUGGCCACUCCCCAGGCCCAAUCCUUGCAGGGAAGGAGAGAUACUCCUCAGGCUGGCCAGAACGUGGCCAGCCUGACCCCCGAGGUCGUACACCGUGACCUUGGGGAUGGCCAGAGGUGGGCCGCUCCCCAGGCCCAGCUUCGUCACAGAAGGGGAGAGCCUCAUGGGAGACGGGAGGGCGUUGUCUCUCAGCCUUCUAUUCCGUCCCUCCCUAAGCAGGGAAAGGAGGCCCCGGGUGGUGGCCCCUGCCUAGUGGUCAGCCUGCUCCAGUGUGCGCAGGCCAUGACCUUCACUUUACUCUUGUACCACUUGUGCCUGGAGUGGUUCUGAGCCUGUCCAUCUCUUAGUUGUGUCUCACCUUUCCAUCUGUGUAUCCCAUCUGUCUAUCUCAUG